CUUGAUUCCUCUGCUAGAAGAAGAUGAAAGGUGGUGGAGGAGGAGGUGACGGCGGCAGCAGCAGCAGCAGGAGGCGGAGGAGGCAGACUUAACCGGGAAAGUCUGCCAAUUCCAGAAGAGCUCAAAUGGAGGCCUCUGAGUGGGACCCUUUGAAAAAUGACACUUCUCCACCAACCUUAAGUCCAGCCGUGCCUCCAUAUGUCAAGUUAGGGCUAACCAUUGCCUAUACUAUCUUUUAUUCACUCCUGUUUGUGUUCAUCUAUAUCCAGCUGUGGUUGGUCCUUCACUACAGGCACAAGAGGUUUAGUUAUCAAACUGUCUUUUUGUUUCUGUGCCUGCUCUGGGCCUCUCUUAGGACGGUGUUGUUUUCGUUUUACUUCAAAGACUUUGUCACCGCAAAUUCACUCAGCCCCUUCGCCUUCUGGCUUCUAUAUUGUUUCCCAGUGUGCCUCCAGUUUUUCACACUGACACUGAUGAACCUUUACUUCACUCAGGUGAUUUUUAAAGCUAAGUCAAAAUACUCACCAGAACUACUUAAAUAUAGGUUGCCUCUCUACUUGCUGUCUUUCUUCGUCAGCUUACUUUUUCUGCUGGUGAAUUUAACGUGUGCGGUGCUUGUGAGAAUGGAGAAUUCGGAAAGGAAAAGUAUUGUAUUGGUCAGGGUCACUAUAAAUGACACAUUGUUUGUGCUGUGUGCCAUUUCGCUUUCCAUCUGUCUCUACAAAAUUUCCAAGAUGUCCUUAGCGAACGUAUACUUGGAAUCCAAGGGUUCAUCUGUAUGUCAACUAACAACCAUAGGACUGACUGUUAUAUUACUUUACACUUCAAGAGCCUGUUAUAAUCUGUUCAUACUAACUUUUUCUCAAAGCAAGACAAUGAAUUCUUUUGACUAUGACUGGUACAAUGUGUCUGAUCAGGCAAAUCUGAAAUGCCAGUUGGGUGAUGCUGGAUAUGUAGUAUUUGGAAUAAUACUGUUUGUGUGGGAGCUGCUGCCUACUUCCUUAGUUGUAUUCUUCUUCCGUGUUCGAAACUCUACAAAAGACUUAACCAAUCCAGGAAUAGUUCCAAGUCAUGCAUUCAGUUCAAGAUCUUAUUUCUUUGACAAUCCUCGCAGAUAUGAUAGUGAUGAUGAUUUGGCAUGGAGUAUAUCACCACACAGCAUACAUGGCAGCUUCUCCCCUGAUUACUAUGACUGGGCACAUCAAAAUAACAGUUUUGUAACACAUGUCGGAUCCCUGCAGCAUGAUUCUGUAUCAGAGAUUGAAUGAUCAAGCUCAACAAAGCACCAGACCAAUGACAAUUUUUUUCAUUAUUUAAAAGUUACAGGACAUUGUUGUGUUCAAGGUGUUAAAAUGGUUCAGCAAAAAUAUAGGUGGAAAAACCGUUUAUGAAGCUACACUUUAGUUACAUUUUCAUUCCAAGAUACCAUAUUAAAGGUAUGUUCCUGCAAGAAUUUGCACAUGUACUUUGUAUAACUAAGAUGAACCCUUACCGAAGCCAGAGAAUCUCCUUUUAUAAUGAAGAAUGAGGAUGGACGAAAGUAUUUCCAAGACUGAGGUUUCAGAGUAAAUAGUGUUUUGUAUUUUAAUUAUUUUGUAUGUUGAAAAAAUACUGCUGGAAAUUAAUAGAAUACUUUUCUAACAUUGUAAUUUUUUAAAAUAUGUACAGAAAUGGUUGCGUUUCAAAUACCACAAUCAUUUUAUAAAGUAUUCUCUUACAGCUUAACUGUUGUGACAAUUGGAGUUACCAAGUGUCUUUCAGCCAAUAUUAAUAUACACAUAUUAGCAGUUAAAAUUACAGCCUGUCCCAGAAAAAGUCAUUUUAAAAACAGCCUUACAUUAAUUAAUCUGCAUGACAUAAAUGGCAUUCUAAUGGCAAGUUAAUGUUACGCACUGUGAUUGUGUCCAUUAAUAAGGCAAGAACAAAAAUAGGUUCAAGACUUCCUAUUUGGCUGGAAUCCAAAAGUGCUGUUCUGCCAGGAUAAUGGCACACGCUAAAGGGGCAGCAUUUCCUUUGAAGGGGGUAUGAUUUUUGCUGACAUUCUUGCUGCUGACCUCACCAUCCUUUACCCUGUUGUACAUGAGAGUUUCCUGCAUCCAAAAAAAAUUAUUUCAGGGGGCUACAAAGGAGGGGGAAAUAGGAAAAUCCCAUUCUUCAAACUUUGUACUGCUUGUGGAACUUUGGAUCUAACCUGCUGCUAAGAUAGUUUUGUUUUAUUUAAGCACAGAACAAUAAUCCUCAAAAUACACAGAGACCAGUACUUGAUACAAGCAAAAUUGCUAUUUGUAACAAUUUUACACAAAAUUAAUUAAUCCUGAUCACAAGUCUCACUAAUAUGAAGACAAGACUGAAACUGGUAACUUUUCUGGAUUAGAUAGACUACAUCUUGUAGUCUAUCUUUGAUUCAUCUAUACAAAAUAUACCUACGCAAAACUCAUUUGUAUGCAUAAUUUCCAAGGUCCAUCUGUGAUUCUUACAUAUCAGUGAAUGUCACCCCUUUAUCUGAAGAUCUGGUGUCAGGUUAUAAAAAAUCCAGUCUUCAUCUGCCUUAUCUGUUCAAAGCUAUGGUUAAAGAACCACAACCUGAAUUGUAUUUCUUCUUUUGCAGACUUAAAGAAAAUACAUUUUGUUACUUCCUUUGCUGAUACCAAACUUUCUACAAGUAUGACUUGUCUGCUAUUUUGUGAUCUAGGUAACAGCAGAAUUCAGAUCAAAAAGGCAAAUUAAAGGGUGCAAGUUAAUUAAAAAGAAUGCAAAUGAGCGGGUGAGAAUAGUUCAGCUAAAUAAAUUCAAUAAAAUGGGUUCUAGCCCCAGUUUACUGAUCUCCUUGAGGACAUCAAUUAUUAGAAGCUAUCAUACCUGCAUAUAAUAGGGCUGUAUAUUCAUCGCAAGCUCAAAACACAAAAAUUCUGCACCAAAUAAAGCUGAAUACUGUGGCCUGUAUAAAGAAGUUGCAGGUAGCAGCAUCAAGCCCAAUCAAAAGCCAUGUUUUAUCUUUUAUUAAGAUCAACCAAAAUGCCACAAAACAGUGUGCAAGCUUUCAGAUUCUCUAGAACUCUUCAUCAUGUUUGAUGUUAAAAUAAAAAAAAGUGGAGGGCUUGUUUUCCAGAUCAUGGGGUUAAAGCAUCUUUGUCUGCUUCCUGUCAAAUGCCUUUAGGAUGUUUAGCUGACUUUAAUAGGCACAGUGUGUGGCUAGCUGGUAUAAGAUUGUGCCCCUGGCACACUGGGAUGAUGAGACAAAAACUGGAAACCUCCUCAUGAAAAUUUGACCAACUGCUAGUUUUUGUAUUUUCAAUGAAGGGUUUAUAUAUGCCACCUUAAUUUAGCAUGAUUAAAUGAGUGGUAACGGGCCAGCUGCAGGUAUUCCUGAAUGAAGUGUUUGAUGAAUGAAUGGUUUGGAUCCAUUAUAAUAUGGCUUCAGACUUGGUUAUGAGAUUGAAACAGUCUUGGUCACCUUGGUGGAUGAUGUAUUGCCAGGACACGGACAGGGGGAGUGUGACCCUAUUAAUUCUCUGGGACUUCUUGGCAGCUUUUUAUACCCUCAAUCAUAGUAUCAUUAUGGACCACCUUUGGGGACUGGGAGGCACUGUUCUGCAGUGAUUCCGGUCCUCCCUUGAGGGUAGUUUUCAGAGUGUGGUGCUGGGUGACUGCUGCUCUGCCUCUUGGCCUCUGGGGUGCUCCAAGUGGUGUUCUCUGGGGAUAUUUGUCCAUCUCCCUCUAUUGCUGUCUUCUCCCAGCAGGUGAAGACUUUUUAAAAUUCAUUUGGCAUUCUCCCAAUAACUGUUAUUGGCCUGCCUCCUUGCUCCUGUUGUUGUGUGUGUCCAUUGAAUUAUUUUUAUAUUAUUUUAAAUGUUUUAAAUUUAAAUUGUUUUAAAAUGUUUUAAAAAUUUAACGUUUUAAUGUUCAUCACUUUGGGGACCUAUUUGGGUACCAAGGCAGUAUACAAUGGUUUAAAUAAUAAACACCCACUGGUACUGAGAUUUCUAUGCAAACCCCUUCACAAGCAAUUCAGGACAUUCCCUUAAAGCUGUUGAUGAGGAAGGUGGUGUUCUUUAUAGCAAUCAUAUCUUCCAGGAGGGUAGAGGAACUAGGAAUUCUGAAAGGAAUGAAUUCUGUAUAUUCCUCCCUCACAUUUAUUCUGAAAACAGACCUGGCCUUUUUACCAAAGGGGAAUUCUAACUUUUCACAGAUCCCAAGAGUUGGUCAUCCUGUUUUUGCCCCAAAGCUUUCUACCGUAAGGAGAAUAAGCUAGAUGCAAAAAUGGCAUUUGAGGGUUUUUUUGUAUCUUAUAAACAAGGAGCACAAGACUACAAGGCACAAAGGUCCAUCACCAGCAGGGGGCUGAGAGACAGCAUUGUUCAAGCCUACCGAGUCACUAGGCUUUGUCUCACCAAAGAGCACUAUUCUGUAUGCGAUUCAACCUCUUCAGCAGCUCAUUACAUUAAUGCACUUAUCAGGAACAUUUACAGGGCAGGACUCUGGUCUUCUCCAACCAUGUUCAUAAAGCAUGAUUUAAGGAAUAUUUUAUGCUUCCUUUCCAGAAACUUGCUCAAACCAGCUACAAAACUGUCACCUUUAUUUGCAGUACUCUAAAUAACCUAACUGGAUGAGGAGGGAUGGCUGAGGACUGUUUUGUUUCCACCAAAGAUGUCAGUCAACUGCAGUAAAUUCUUGCCACUUUCCUAGGACUGAGAAAGGGAAAUUGGGCUGACUAUGAAGCUCCCUUUUUGUUUAGCACCAGGACAGCAGGCAGGCCACUCCUACCCAAAUAGGCCCAUCUGUGGGCAGGGGCCAAGGUUUGUGUUUGUGUGCAGUGUAAGUGGUUGGCCCAGUCUCCGCCAUUUUAAUGGCAGUUUUGUAUAUAUGGCUGCUUGUAAUAUUAAAAAUGUUCAGGCCUCUGGAGUUAAAAAUGGCUACUGUAUUGCCACCAGAGAGCCUCUAACAGUUGCUACGUCCCACCCAGGAGAAUACAGCAUGCAUGGAAUGCUGCACAGGAAGGCAGAGUGAUUGAGAAGCGAUUGGAUUUACUAUCUCUCCGGCCUCACCGAUGCCCAGUGCAACAAAGGUCUCAUAGAGUCAUCUCCACUUAACACAUUCCUGUCCCUUCUUCCGUGAU